GUUUGACUACGAACACAAUCAGCAGCAAGCGACUUCCGAUUAAACUCUAUUUACUUAUAUCGUACGAGAAGCCUUCCAAAUAUGGCCGUCAAUUUUCUCACUAUGGCGCUCAUGCCUCUCUCCCAAGCUGCUUCCUGGAUGUUGAUCCUCAAACAACGACCAUCACUUUUUGCUGCUGUGUGGAAAGUUGCAUUAUUUUAUUGUAUUUGGGCGCUGUACAACAAGUACUUUGCUGGAAACGAUUCCGAACUUGGUCAAUAUAGUAUGGGUAUAUUGGCAAUCGCGGCGUUUUUGCAACACCGCGAGUUUUCGAUAUGUGGCAACGUUGUCGUGUUGCUGAAUUACUGCGUCGCCUUUUACAUUGCCUUUUCCCGGUCCAUUCAUGAACUUGCCAUUGAUGCAAAAGGAUCCGACAAUCUUAGCGCAAUUACCUGGGCUUACAUCUUUCGAGUCUAUGUACUGUCGAAUCUAGCAAUGUGGAGCAUGGUCCUUUUGAAGUUCAUCAAGUUACCUUCCCAAAGCGUCUCUUCUUCUCGAGAGGCUUCUCAAAGCCUUCUCAAGACGCCUGUCAAGGCAGGGUACCAACCUGUGGAAAACGUACAAGCAUGAAAA